ACUCCGACAUCCAAAUACAUCUAUUCUCUAUUUACAAGGUUACAAAACUAAGUUCACAACUAUGCAGUCUGAUUUCUAGUACAAAAUAUUUAUCACCACAAUUUGAGGCCAUAUAAAUGCAUUAAUACAACAUAUUUUGCAACAAAGAAAUGACUGAAGAACAAAUGAGUCCCUUCUGGUUGACUAGUGGUACAGGUUUUUUUCUUUGUUCUUUACUUGGUUCAGUUUAAGCGCAUGUUUCCCACGAGCAGUUCAACAUUAGUAAGGUAUCCCAUAUACCAGGAAGUGACGUGGUGAUGAUAUGAAAGAUUAGUGAUUCUUUUCUCAGUGCAGAGAGGGAAGUGAAUUACCACUAGUUUAAAAAAAGAUUUUGAAGAAGCGGGGCGCUUUAUAAGCCCUCCUCAUUUUUUCAGUGUUGUCUGUUGUCAGUGAUGCUGAAAGCUGUAAAAUGUCUGAAUGUCUGCAGAACUUUGCCCUGGUGUGAACUUUACAAGAGGAGACAGGAAGAGGCUGUUACUCUGAAGUUAAGACCUCAAGUGUGAUUUCCCACAGCAGAGCUGCCUGAGACUGUUGGAUUAAGUCUGAAGUCAGGAUCUUGAAGUUUCAGCAUGAUGAGCCGUCCGCAGAGCUUCAUAGAAGGUGAAGCUCCUGACUCUCAGCAUGGAAAUUCAAGCAGAGGGUCAAAGGUCACCACAGAGAGAGUGGCACUGGUGGUUCUCUGUAUCCUGCUGUCAGCUGCUCUCAUCGUUAUUCAUCGUCUCUCGUUUGACAAAAUUAGAACGAACAAAGAGCUCGAAAACCUGAAACAUCACAAAAUGAAGUGUGAAAGUAAUCUGACAGAGACUCUCUCUAAGAUAAAACCAUGCAGCACGGUGCAGCCGACCUGUCCAGGACCUAAAGUAAUAAAUGAUCCUUGUUAUAAAUGUGAAGCAGGCUGGGAGCUACAUGGAGGAAAGUGCUAUUACUUCUCCAUCAGUAAAUCAUCCUGGAAACAGAGCAGAGAUGAAUGUAGAGCUAAAGGAGGAGACCUGGUUAAGAUAGACAGCAGAGAGGAGCAGACUUUCCUGCAGAGAAGACUGAGAGAUGUAAUGACUGAAGCUGAGGACAAGUUCUGGAUCGGACUGACAGACUCAGCAGUAGAGGGCAGAUGGGUGUGGGCGGACGGAUCACCACUGAAUCAAAGCUUGAAGUUUUGGUGGGGCAAUGACCCGGACAAUUGGAAAGGGCACAAUGGCGAACAUCCUGGUGGAGAGGACUGUGCGAGGAUGGGAGAGAAAGGUGGAGCUAAAGAUCUGAAGUGUUGGUUUGAUGCAUUUUGCUCAAAUCCUCACAGAAGUAUUUGUGAGAAAGCAUUAGUAAGGGGAAAGUUUAAGAAAGUAUGUAACUGAAAUUCAUUAAAGUCUA